AUGCAAGAAGACUUCUGUCCACCAGAUGGGUCACUCACAGUUCAAGAAGGUCGUGCAAUUGCCCCAAUAAUCAACACUCUGCUCGCCAAUCCUGGCUUCGUGAUCCGCGUGGCAUCGCAAGAUUACCACCCACCAGACCACAUUUCCUUCGCAAGCAACCACACCCCACCCAACAACCGCCCCUUUGAGUCAUUCGUCCAGAUGGCUAAUCCAGCACCUGGUAAGCAGGCGGAGACCAAGGCUCAAUUGCUCUGGCCCGUGCAUUGUGUUGCAGACACCAAAGGCGCCUCAAUCAUUCCCGAGAUCGAUAGUAGUAAGAUCGAUGUGCAUGUGAAGAAGGGGAUGGAUGCGCGCGUGGAGAUGUACUCCAUGUUCUCCGAUGCGUUCGGAAACCUUGAUCCGACACUCACUGCUCGGUCGGUAGACGUUGACAUCAAGGCAGUGCUGGUGGAGAGAAACGUCACGCAUGUGUUCACUGUUGGGCUCGCGGGGGAUUACUGCGUCAAGUGCACCGCCAUUGAUGCCGCGCGGGCAGGCUUCAAGAGUUACCUCGUUGAGGAUGCGACUCGAUGCGUUGAUCCUGGUGCGGGAUGGGAGGCAGCCAAGCAGGAAUUCCAGGCGGCUGGAGUAUCACUCAUUCGAUCGGAUGGGCCUGAGAUUGCGACACUCGUAUCAUCCUGA